CGCAAUCGGCAGCUCCAUUUACAACCCACUUCUCCCUGGAGAAGCCAGAGACCUUCGAAGAGGGGCAGGGGGAGGGACCAGCAAGAGGAGCGCAGCCCCCGCUGGUACCCGGGGGAAGCUUGGAAGGCGCUCGCUACAGGGCUUGCUCGCCAGGCUACUCUUUUCCCCUCUCCCUCCCCCUUUCUCUCCAUUCUCCACCCCUCCACCAGCUCCCGCGGUGCAGGGAGAGAUUUGGAGAGGACUAGUAAGCGUGGCGAGAGGGACACUUGGAGGACUCGGAGGUGUGCGAGUCUGCCUACUGGUCCGUGUGCGAGAAGCCAAGUAUGGAGUGGAGUUACCUGUUGGAAGUCACCUCCCUGAUCGCUGCCUUCUCCCUGCUGCAGCGCUCCAGCGGGGCGGCCGCUGCCUCGGCCAAGGAGCUGUCGUGCCAAGAGAUCACUGUGCCCCUGUGCAAGGGCAUCGGCUAUAACUACACCUACAUGCCCAACCAGUUCAACCACGACACGCAGGACGAAGCGGGCCUGGAGGUGCACCAGUUCUGGCCCCUGGUGGAGAUCCAGUGUUCGCCCGAUCUCAAGUUCUUCCUGUGCAGCAUGUACACGCCGAUCUGCCUGGAGGACUACAAGAAGCCGCUGCCGCCCUGCCGUUCGGUGUGCGAGCGAGCCAAGGCCGGCUGUGCCCCACUCAUGCGCCAGUACGGCUUCGCCUGGCCGGACCGGAUGCGCUGUGACCGGCUGCCCGAGCAGGGCAACCCAGACACCCUGUGCAUGGACUACAACCGUACCGACCUCACCACCGCCUCGCCCAGCCAGCCACACCACCACCACCCACCGCCGCCGCCGCCCCCCCUGCCAGGCGAGCAGCCGCCCCCGGGCUCCGGGCACCACCGGCCCUCCGGGGGCCGGCCCCCGCACCGGGGCAACGGCGGCGGCAAGAGCUCGGAGGCUCCUGCUCCCCCGUCCCGGGGCGGAGGCGGGAAAUCCCGGGUCCCUGGAGGCGGCUCCUCCCCCUGCGAGCCCGGCUGCCAGUGCCGUGCGCCCAUGGUGUCUGUGUCCAGCGAGCGGCACCCCCUGUACAACCGGGUCAAGACGGGGCAGAUCGCCAACUGCGCCCUGCCCUGCCACAACCCUUUCUUCAGCCAGGACGAGCGCGCUUUCACUGUUUUUUGGAUCGGCCUCUGGUCAGUGCUCUGCUUCGUCUCCACCUUCGCCACUGUCUCCACCUUCCUCAUCGACAUGGAACGCUUCAAGUACCCUGAGCGACCCAUCAUCUUCCUCUCCGCCUGCUACCUCUUCGUCUCAGUUGGCUACCUGGUGCGCCUGGUGGCCGGGCAUGAGAAGGUGGCGUGCAGCGGCGGGGCCGCUGGAGCUGGCGGCGCGGGCGGGGCUGGCGGUGGGGCGGGGGCCGCGGGGGCCGCGGCGGCUGCGGGGGGCCCUGGCGGGCGGGGCGAGUACGAGGAGCUGGGCGCGGUGGAGCAGCACGUGCGCUACGAGACUACAGGCCCGGCGCUGUGCACGGUGGUCUUCUUACUCGUCUACUUCUUCGGCAUGGCCAGCUCCAUCUGGUGGGUGAUCCUGUCGCUCACCUGGUUCCUGGCUGCGGGCAUGAAGUGGGGCAACGAGGCCAUCGCGGGCUACUCGCAGUACUUCCACCUGGCUGCCUGGCUGGUGCCCAGUGUCAAGUCCAUCGCGGUGCUGGCGCUCAGCUCGGUGGACGGCGACCCUGUGGCAGGCAUCUGCUACGUGGGCAACCAGAGCCUGGACAACCUGCGGGGCUUCGUGCUGGCGCCGCUGGUCAUCUACCUCUUCAUCGGCACCAUGUUCUUGCUGGCCGGCUUCGUGUCGCUCUUCCGCAUCCGUUCGGUCAUCAAGCAGCAGGGAGGCCCCACCAAGACGCACAAGCUGGAAAAACUCAUGAUCCGCCUGGGCCUCUUCACCGUUCUCUACACCGUGCCCGCCGCUGUCGUGGUAGCUUGCCUCUUCUACGAGCAGCACAACCGCCCCCGCUGGGAGGCCACCCACAACUGCCCCUGCCUGCGGGACCUGCAGCCGGACCAGGCCCGCCGGCCAGACUACGCCGUCUUCAUGCUCAAGUACUUUAUGUGCCUCGUGGUGGGCAUCACCUCGGGCGUGUGGGUCUGGUCUGGAAAGACGCUCGAGUCCUGGCGGGCCCUGUGCACCCGCUGCUGCUGGGCCAGCAAGGGAGCUGGCCCCGGCGGAGGAGCCGCAGCAGCCGCCGUGGGCGCGGGAGGAGGAGCGGGGGGAGGAGGAGGAGGAGUAGGGGGAGGCGGCGGCGGGGGAGGAGGAGUGGGAGGCGGAGGAAUGGGAGGAGGGGGCUCUAUGUACAGCGAUGUCAGCACGGGCUUGACGUGGAGAUCGGGCACCGCCAGCUCGGUGUCCUAUCCCAAACAAAUGCCAUUAUCCCAGGUCUAGAAGGGGGGCAGCAGUGGGCAAAAAAAAAAAAAUGGACUUCACGGAAAAGGACUAGGCGGGGGUGAGAAGAAGAGGGGAGAAGGGACCUUUGACUGUCGAAGUUCCCACCCCCACCCCCCUUCCCUGUGUUGAUUGCUAUUAGCAUGAUAAUGAAGUCUUAAUGGUAUCCAUUAGCCGGGACUUGAAUGAUUUGGUUAGAACAAUGUACCUGGCAUUGAAGACUCGCAGACCCUAUCUCCCCCCCACCCCUUCCUCCAUUUAUAUGCAAGGAACUCUUUCUGCAAGGCAAUGUUAAUUUUUGUUGUUGUUGGCAAAGAAGGGUGGACUCAGCCCAAUCUCUAGAACGGAAGGCAAGAAGCUUUCACUCCUGGUCCUGUGCUUCGCCUGGAAACCCAAAGAGCAGCAGCACAUGUCGAUUGAGGGCUGUGUCUUCCUUCCCCCCGAUACAUACACUCACUCUCUUACAUAAACUCUUAUGAUUAAUGCAUCCUAGAGGAGGGAUGAUCAUGACUUGAUGGGACUGCAAGGUUUGGGUUUUCUUAAUGACCAGGCAAAUGCCUUAAACAAACAAAACCAUGUCUUAAUUAUACACCCCAAGUAAAUACGGGUUUCUUACAUUAAAGGAUGUAUUUAUAUAAUUAUUUGUUAACUUGUAAAAAUAUGUAAAAUAUGUACAUAUCAAAAGAUAUACUGUCUGUACAUUUUUUGUAAAAAGUUUAGAGGCUACCCCUGUAAGAACAAAUAUGACUAUUCUAUUUUGUCAAUAAAAUGACUUUUGAUAAAUGAUUUCAGCUUUGCCCUCUCCCCCUGCCUGUUCUAAACUGUUACUCUUUAAACUACUUCCUGAAAGAUAAAGAAAGCAUCAUGCAAGAAAAUAAUUUUCUACAUAGUAAAAUACUGUAUGCUGCCCUGAGGCCUAGAGAAGCAUUACCUCUGUUAAAAAACUUGAAUUCCUAAAUUGUUUGCAAAGUAAAUAUUGUUUAGCUGGAAUCCAAGCUGAGUCUUUGCACCAUUUCAAGUGAUGUUGUUUAUUGCAACAGCUCUAUCCUUUGGCUAAUGACUAUCAUGAGAGUAGUUACAUAUGUGUAAACUGAAUUCAUGCAAGGCAGUCAUUACCCUUAGGCUUUGAUUAUUUAUCCUGUAAAAUAUGACUAAAGUUUAAAAUCGCUACGGUUUUAUUUCUGUUGUCUCUGAUUUUCUAAACCCCUGGUAUUCCAGGGACUACACGCUGCAGAAGUGUGAAGGUUAAUGCUUUAAAACCAAUCCACCGGACUUUACAGUAUAAGUCCCUUGAAAUUGGGUGUAGGUAGAUCAGGCUCUCUUUAAUAGAUUAAACUAACGGGUUAACAUCUUAAUAAGCUAUCAUACUUGUGUAUAUCAAAUGUGGUUCUUUUCUAAGAGAAAAGGUAUUGUUCCUCUGUCAAGACUAAGCUAAUUUAUUUGAGCAGAAGGCUGUUGAAUUAGCAGAAGAACGCUUUGGCAAUUGUUGAACUUUUUACCUGUCUGCCCAGUGGCUCAGCACAUCAUUCCUUUAAGAGGAGCUAAAUGAAUAGGGUUAAUCUGUAGGGAACUUGGUCUUUUGAGUUUGAAAAACUUUGAUCUUUUCUCCUCUCCAAAUGUGAUGUAUAGUCUGAAGUUUCUUUCCCUGCUGCCGGGUUCCUCUUGUUGCAGACCAAUUGGCCACCAUGGAGCCUUAAAGUUCUUCAAUUAAGGGCAUGUGGGACUUUUGCUUAAAAAAAAAAAAGAGGGAGAGGGAGAGAGAGAGAGGAAGACUUGUAACAGUUAGGGAACACCAGAGGGAAAAGGGAGAGCAGCCUUUUAAACAGAUUUUCCCUUCAUUGUUAGCCAGACUACAGGCAGCAAGGCAUGGGUUGAAGCAUUAUAGAAAAGAGCUGUGAAUACCCUACAGGUGGUCUGUUCACAUAAUCCCCCAAUUUAAAGCAUUUUCCUUUGCCGGACAAUUGCAUUACAAAACUCCCUUCUUUUUCACUCCUAAUUGAACCAAUGAACUAUUAUAAACUACAAGUUUUUUUUUCUUUAAAAAAAAAUCCCGUGUCUAAAAUCUAUUGACUAAAUUCUGGCAAAUUUUCUGAGCUGCAGUCUUUUAAGGCACCGGAAGUAAAAGCUUCUUCAUCAGACAUUUCUUCUUUUCAGAUAUUUUUAUGCCUUAUGCUUGUUAUUUUCUGUCAGAUUAGCAAUAAUGUAAAAGUAAUUGGUAAGGUUGUGUGUUAGCAUUGAAAAGAUAGCCCCAGGUCCCUUAUUAACCUGUCAAUCAAGAUAAGAGAUGGGCAGCUACCCUACUAAUGACAUAGGCAUCAAUCAUCAUUUGUGGGAAAAACCUUCUCCAUUGAGCUAAGACUUGUUUUUUGGAUCCCCUAAAGAUAUUUUUCCCUUUCUGUAAUAGGAAUUUCCAGUUGUCUUCAGUCUUUUAAAAUACAGGUUGGGAAUGAAAUCAGAAGACUGAGCUUUUUCCACAGUCUUUGGGUUAGUAAAUGCCCUUUAAGUUUGUUUUCCAUCAGGACUAUCACACAGUAAUAUUUUUGAAACAUCCUCCCAGAGUUAUCCUUGCUAUUAACUGUAUUUCUGUUUAGAAUGCAAGCUGCAAAGCUAGGUUAGAUUGCUCCCAUCUGUCUUAAAGUUGAAGGAAGUUUUAAAACACUUAGCUGCCCAGCAUUUUUCUUAAAUAAUUGUCACUUUGUAACUUAGGUACCAGUAAAUGGUCAACAUAUUCAAUGGGAUGAUUAUCAUCUACUGUAUAUUACACAAGUAAGUUCUGAACUAUGAGGCAUUGUCAAGUGGUGGGUUAAUGAAAAAAUUGUACAGCUUGAAGUGGGCUUUUACCCACUUCAGGAAAAGGAAAGAGAGAUGCCAGAAGAUACUGGUUGGCAUGUUGGUUUUCCAUUGUGGUAAGACAUUCCUUUCAACCCCAACAAAUGUUAUCAACCAAUUUUCAACAAAGUACUGCAACCAAAGUUUCUUCUGUCACUAUUUAGAACACAAAUUAUGGCCUAUAAGACAGCUUAUUUGAUUAACUUAAUAUAGCUAUAAAGUAUUACAAAUAUAACCAGUUUUUUAAAACCUGUAACAUAAUGAAUACUACUAGUAAGUAAAUAUUCUUACCACCAACCUAGGGGAGGGGGAAUUGCUGUUAAAUGCAAAUAUUGUUCAUUUCCUUUUAAAGUUAGGACAUUUGGAUAACAAAGUUGCCAGGAUCUAUUCAGUAUUGCUUUCUGAAAUUGAAUCCCCCAAAUGGAUUUUUUUUGGGGGGGGAAUAUUAAGGAAGGAGAAAACUGAAUUACCAUUUCUUAAUUUAGCUGCUUACAUUGAUCACAAAAAGAAUGCAAUUAGCUGUAAAAAAUACUUUGCACUGUAUAUAGAUACACUUAUUACAUAUGAACUCUGUAUCAGUUCUUGGAAAUGCUGUGAAAUCUGGGGUUGUGGUUACAGCAUGGCUAUAAUAUCAAUGUAAAUAAAAUUUAUGGGGUUGAAAACUAUAAGAAAAACCAAAGUUCAUUAAAAUAUGUUGUGGGAAAAGUUCAGUGAAACACUUUCCUCUUUAUCAUAAAUCCCAUUUGAAAAUGGCAUAAAAGGGAAGCAAUAAGUUUACAUGAAAAUAGAAAAGGCAAGCCAUAUGAAAUAACAGCUGGAUAUUCCAAGUGCCUGUAACACUUCAAAAGUUUUAUUGGGGGGAAAAUUCUGAUUCUUGCUCAAAACCACAAGUAACUUAAGUGGUAAAAUGUACUAGGAAAUGAGGUUAAAUAUAAACAGCUAACAAGGCACAAUGUGCAUGUAACUAUGACUCAAAUAAAAAUAAUCUCCAAAUCAGAUGACUCAGGUUAGAAACGUGAUAAGAGAGCUAUAAGAGAUCAUUUGCUUGUAUGUACGGAUGGAUUCUAGACAUCAGAAAUUGAAAUUUGUGUUGUACUGCCAUCUUGUGGUAUGAAGAAGCUGCACAUGUCUCAGAACCUGUUAAUAAAGAAGCAAUUAAAAUUGGA